UCUCUCCUGGAGGGAGCAUUGCGGUAUGCAUCUCCCCAGACUGACUACUGAUAUGUGAUUGGGGACAUCAGGUCUAAUGUUGUAUAAUCCGCUUUGUUAGAUCGGUGUUGUAGUCGGCUUGCUAUCGACCAGCGUCCAGUCAUUAGGUCUAACCCUUCAACGAAAAUCCCAUAUCCUCGAAGACGAGAAGGGACCGCACGAUGUUCGUCGACCACCACACCGGAGGCGCAGAUGGCAGCUGGGAAUGGGCAUGUUUGUCAUCGCCAACGUGCUGGGGAGUAGUAUCCAAAUUUCGACAUUACCGCUGCCCGUUCUCUCGACGCUACAGGCCGCCGGGCUGGUCUUUAAUUCGAUAUGCGCCACCCUAAUACUGAGCGAACCUUUUACGAGAUGGAGUUUAUGGGGCACGAUGCUGGUAUCGGCCGGUGCGCUACUGAUAGGGAUAUUUGGCGCCAUUCCGUCGCCGGCGCAUAGCCUACGGGAGUUGCUGGAUCUCAUGGGUCGAUGGCCAUUCAUCCUUUGGAUGGCCUUACAGGCUCUCCUGGUCGUGACCAUCGCUGCAGUGACAGAUCUGGUCAGCCACUUCGGUAGAUGGUCGCAAAGUAUCAAAUUUCGCUUCCUCCGCGGCCUGGCAUACGGGUGUAUCAGUGGCAUUCUGUCUGCGCAUUCCCUCCUGUUUGCAAAAUCGGCCGUGGAGCUGCUUCUCAGAACGAUUGCCGACGGCGAUAACCAGUUCGUUCAUUGGCAGUCCUGGAUGAUAAUCCUAGGACUCAUCUCCCUGGCAUUGAGCCAGCUGUACUAUCUUCAUCGGGGUCUAAAGUUGGUCUCAACGUCCGUCUUGUACCCUCUCGUCUUUUGUAUUUACAACAUCAUCGCCAUCCUUGACGGCCUGAUCUAUUUCAACCAGACUAACCUCAUUACACCCCUGCAAGGCGGCCUUAUCGCCCUCGGCACUGUCAUCCUCCUCGCGGGCGUGCUCGCGCUUUCCUGGCGUUUAAGCGACGAACAGCACUCUCCAGCAGGAGUUGGCCAGUCAACCCUUGCACCUGGCCUCGGAUUGGUGGAGGACACAGAAGGCGAGGAAGAAUCACUCAUUGACUCUGACAGCUUAUCAGAUGGCCAAGGGCCUAUUCCAGCUACCUAUAAUACGUUCGGCCCGCACGAUGGCGUCGAUACGCCCUCGAAACGCUGGAGCGAACGACGGGAGAUAUGGGACGAGCUAGAAGAUCAGGAAGCGCCAAGUCCUACCAUACCUCCGACGAUGCGCUCUCUCCCUUUAUCAGUCGGCGCGGACGAGAUGACGGCAUUACUUGACAACUCGAGAAGACACGUUUCAAAUACUUCGGUGGGUUCAGUAUCCACCGCGGGCCCGUCAAAUACAGAGGCAAUGACGACGCCGAGGAGGAUGUUCCGCCGCCGGCGGAAGUCAACGGGUUUCCCUGGUUUUACGGCCCGGAAGCAUGGUCGUAGGAAGAGUGCUAGCGGCGUGCAGGAUGCUCUCGGGGGUAUAUGGAAGAUGCGGUGGUUCCGAACUCGGGAAAGAGGCGAGAGCGUGAGUGCAAUUGAGGGGGGCGCCGCACCGCCUUGGCUCCGGGAUGAGGAGCGUGGGGAGGAGGAUGAGAGCAGAGAUGCACCAGAGAGUCGAGAUAUUGACCGGUCUGCACGCAGGAUGCCGAGGGUCGAAGACAUGGUUUGAUUCGAAAUGGAGUUGUGCAUGCGGCUUUACCAAGCGUUUGGCACCUGGUAUAACUACUGCUGCUGCUGGUCUGGGUUGGAGAAUUGAACGUUGGGAAGGCGGGCGUUUUCUCUGUCAUAUAGCGAUACUGAUAUUGCAUAGUAGAUACACGCAACUGGGCUGGAGUGCCCGGGCGGUAUUAUUGAACUUAUCAUUUUUUGUUCCAUAAUGUUAUCUUGGUUUACCAAGAGUAAUGGUCUGCAGUGAGUGGACAUCAUGUAAUUCGUGAGACUUAGCAAGCAUCAAGCAUACAUGGAGACUAGCAGAAGCC